GGAACAUUCGAGAACGUUACGAGGUCUUACUCCUUACGAGCUAAGCUUCUCACACUUUUAUAAUUCCUCCUUUAAAAACCCUCCGAUUUUGCUAGUUCACAAAUUAAAAGCAAUCUCACAAGUAUUUCUGUAUCAAUCGUACUAGUCAAGUUGUUUUAGCUCAAGAGAAUUUCCCGAUCAGAUCCAAUCAAUCAAGCUCUGAUGGAGAGAGGUGGUUACCGAGGAGGUCGUGGUGAUGGCCGUGGUAGAGGCGGCGGAGGCCGUGGUGAUGGCGGAGGUGGAGGGCGUGGUUAUGGCGGCGGAGGAGGCCGCGGUGAUGGCGGAGGAGAUCGUGGUCGUGGUUACGGAGGUCGUGCUCGUGGCUCCGAGCGAGGGGGCGGUGGUUUGGGAAAUCGUGGCCAGGGUUCUGGUGGUCGCGGUGGUGAAUACAAUCGGGAUCAACAGGAUUUCCGAAGCCAGAGUCAGUGGGGACCACCGCCGGGACAAGGUGGCCGUGGAACGCAGUUGCAACAACAACGACCACAGGGGGUUCAACAGCCGCCGCAGGCAGUUCAACAGCCUCCACAGGCUCGAGCGAUUCCCGCCGUUGCAGCAGGAGGCGUCGGUAGAGGCGCGUGGGGUCGUAGGCCACAGGUUCCUUCUGAGACGGCGGUUUUACCUCCUCCUCCUCCGUCCACCACCGUCGUGGUUCCUGAAACAACUCGUGUUUCUGAAGUUAUGAUCCCGAGUCCAUCUGUGCAAGUUGCUUCUUCUCAAAGGAAAGAACCUAUGAAGCGUCCUGAUAAAGGCGGUGUUGUGGCUGUCCGUCGUGUAAACCUUUAUGUGAACCACUUCAGAGUGAAUUUCGAUCCCGACGGUGUCAUAGGACACUAUGAUGUCGAGAUCAAAGGAGAGAACCCCACCAAGAAGAUAUCAAGAUUCGUGCUAGCUAUGGUCAGGGACAAGGUGUUCACAGACAAUCCCGAUGAGUUUCCAUUCUCCAUGACUGCAUACGAUGGCCAGAAGAACAUUUUCAGCGCGGCUAAACUGCCUACAGGGUCAUUCAAGGUUGAUUUCCCGAAAACCGAAGAGACGAGAGCUCGGAGCUACACCUUCACCAUCAAGCAGGUGAAUGAGCUUAAGUUCCGUGACUUGAAAGAGUACAUGACAGGUCGUUCGUCUUUCAAUCCUCGUGAUGUGCUGCAAGGACUGGACGUUGUGAUGAAGGAGCAUCCUUCAAAGUGUAUGAUCACAGUCGGCAAAUGCUUCUUCACUCGCGAAUCCGAGCCUGAUGAGGACUUUGGCUUCGGUGUUGCAGCUGCCAAAGGGUACCGACACGCUCUGAAGCCCACGGCGCAAGGUUUAUCUUUGUGCCUGGACUACUCCGUGUUGGCGUUCAGGAAGGCAAUGUCAGUCAUCGAGUAUCUGAAGCUGUACUUCGGCUGGCGUGAUUUGAGCCAGUUUAGGAAGUGCAGCCACGACGUGCAGAAGGAAUUGACUGGGUUGAAAGUCACUGUCACUCAUCGGAAGAACAAACAGAAACUCACCAUUGUAGGACUCAGUAAGGAAGACACGAAAGAUAUCAAAUUCGAUCUUAUAGAUCAAGAGGGAAACGAACCACCGAGGAGAACGUCCAUUGUUGAGUAUUUCAGGAUCAAGUACGGAAGAGACAUUGUUCACAAGGAUAUUCCGUGCUUGGAUCUCGGGAAAAACGGGCGGCAAAAUUUGGUGCCUAUGGAGUUCUGUGUAUUGGUUGAAGGACAGAUCUAUCCAAAAGACGACUUGGAUAAAGAUUCAGCCUUGUGGUUAAAAAAGCUGUCUUUAGUCAGUCCACAUCAAAGGCAGGCGAAUAUACGUAAGAUGAUAGAGUCUGCUGAUGGACCUAGAGGUGGAGAAAUCAUUGGGAACUUUGGAAUGAAUGUUGAUACUAAGAUGACACCAGUGGAAGGUCGUGUUCUCAAGGCUCCGGCGUUGAAGUUGACAGAUAAAGGCAGAGCUGUUCGUGAGGAACCCAACCCGAGACAGAACAACCAGUGGAACCUUAUGAGGAAGGGAGUCACGAGAGGUUCAGUGGUCAAGCAUUGGGCUGUUAUCGACUUCACCGCGUCUGAGAGGUCCAACAACUUCAAGAUGCCUUAUGACUUUGUCGAUCAGCUUAUCAAACGUUGUGGUACACUUGGGAUGAAGCUGGACCCUCCCAUCGUUUACAAAGAAUCAAGAAUGGAUACGCUUAAUAAAGCUAAUGAUCUCGAAGGAUUGCUUCGACACGUGAUUGACGAGGCAAAUCAAAAGCACGGUGGGGCUCGCUUAACUCUCGUACUCUGUGCUAUGUCCGGCAAGGUCGAAGGCUACAAGACUCUGAAAUGGAUAGCCGAGACCAAACUCGGUCUGGUGACUCAGUGUUUCUUGGCAAACUCUGCUAAUAGAGGAGGUGAUCAGUACCGUGCAAACCUUGCCCUCAAGAUCAACGCGAAAGUCGGUGGGAGCAACGUCGAGCUGAUGGAUACUUUCUCUUUCUUCAGAAGAGAAGAUGAGGUCAUGUUCAUUGGCGCUGAUGUAAACCAUCCUGCUGCUAUGAACAAGAUUAGCCCGUCCAUUGUUGCGGUUGUUGGUACUCUAAACUGGCCAGAAGCUAACCGUUAUGCAGCUAGAGUCAUCGCACAGCCUCACCGUAAAGAGGAGAUACAAGGGUUUGGUGAUACAUGCUUGGAGCUUGUCAAGGCUCAUGUCAAGUCCACGGGCAAACGCCCCAACAAGAUUGUGAUAUUCCGCGAUGGUGUAAGCGAUGGUCAGUUCGAUAUGGUUCUCAACGUGGAGCUGCUUGAUGUGAAGCUCACUUUUGAGAAGAAUGGUUACAAUCCGAAGAUAACUGUGAUCGUUGCCCAGAAACGCCAUCAGACCCGUUUCUUCCCUGCAACGAGCAAUGAUGGGAGUGAUAAGGGCAAUGUGCCUUCGGGUACGGUCGUGGAUUCCAAAAUCAUUCACCCGUUUGAGUAUGAUUUCUACCUAUGCAGUCACCAUGGAGGGAUCGGUACGAGUAAGCCGACGCAUUACUAUACACUUUGGGACGAACUCGGAUUCACAUCCGAUCAGAUUCAGAAGCUCAUCUUUGAGAUGUGUUUCACUUUCACUCGCUGCACUAAACCGGUCUCUCUUGUUCCUCCGGUCUAUUAUGCUGACAUGGUUGCCUUUAGGGGAAGGUUAUACUACGAAGCGAGCUCGAAGGAGAAGGAGAAGAACUUUAGGCAGCCACGUGGAGCUGCUUCGCUUGCUUCUUCGUUCUCUUCUCUGACAGUGGAGGAUCAAGCUGUCUUCAAGCUGCACAAGGAGCUUGAGAACGUUAUGUUCUUCGUCUGAAAAAACAGGUUUGGGUUAUAUUUGUGUUUUGGGUCCCUAAGCUGAACUUAAAAAUUACUAUUGAAUAUCGGAACGCCCCAAUAACGCAGUUUUAUUCCUUUUUACUGGUAGAAAGGAUUUUGUGCGUGAAUCUAAUUGGGUUUUUUCGCUGUGUGAAUCUUUGUUUUUCUUUUUCUUUGUUUUUGGUUUGUUUUGUGUUGAAAACAGUUUAUGUUUGAUAUUGUAUUGGCAGAGACCAUCGUUAUUUCAUGUAUUUUAUUAUAAUUAUUAAGACUGGAUUUGAUAAGUAAUUCAUAUAUUGCUAUCGUUUUGCAAUUUUGUUUCCGAGCUUUGUUAAAAAGCCUGAGAGAGAUCUCAGAGAUGCAAAAGGAUGAGUGUGAGGUUUACCUUUUCUUUUAUCUUGGAUCAUUCGUGUUUGUUUCUGUCUGAGAUUCCUUCAGUGAUGGGGUUUCUGCAAUUUGUAAAUUAUCUUUUCAUGGAAAAACUUUAUCUAGUUUGAUUAUUUGUGGCAAUGAUCAUGCAAUUUCUUUCACACAAGCUGUGGAUGAGCCCUGUGAGAGAGACAAAAAUCCAUAAUUGAGCUCAGUUAUGGGCUUUCUUAUUUUUCUGAUGGAGCUUACUGACAUUUCCUGGGACCAUUAACCAUAUACAUACGCUAACUUUAAAUCUUUAACAUAUGUACGUCAUUGAAGGUGGAUUUUGGAUGAUUUCAAAGUUUUAGUACUGAGAUUUGAAUGGGUGAAAGAAACAAGUUGUUGAGCUAUGCGAUUACAU